AUGGCCAUGAUUGACUUGAAGCUGGCCCUGCAGCCUUCCCUCCCCUUGUGGUCUCUGCUCCACCUGUGCACUGGGCUGAUGGCUCUGAUACUCUCUUGGCAGGUCUUGGGGCCAGAGUCUGUUCACAGAAUACCACUGUGGGAAGCCAGUCUGACCUCCUGGACAUCUCAGGCCUCUGGGUUUCCUUGGACAGCCUCAGGGUUGAUGUUGGUACUGCUGGGCAGGAAGGAACAGGCCUUGCCUGCAUCCAUGUUCUGUCUUGUUAUCUUUGCAGCUCAUGCCCUUGGCUUAGCUGCAGCUGCACAGAAGGCCGUGCUGACCCUGGACCCCCCCUGGAGCACCGUGUUUAGGGACGAGAGUGUCACUCUGAGAUGCACUGGAUCCCACUCUCCUGGAAGCACCCGCACCUCUUGGUACUUUGAGGGAAAAUUCUGGAAAUGGACAGAAACGAACAGCCUCCCAAUUAAAUCUGCAGCAAUGAAAGAUAGAGGCAAAUACCAGUGCGAGACCCGUGGCUCCACACGCAGUGACCCCGUCCAGCUGACUGUCUCUAACGACUGGCUGAUUCUCCAGGCCCCGCAUUAUGCAGUGUUUGAAGGGGACCGGCUGGUUCUGAGAUGCUGCGGGUGGAAAGGUGGUAAAGUGGGCAAUAUGAGAUACUACAGAGAUGGAAGAGACAUCACACCAGGGCAUGUUCAGUCCAGUUAUACUAUUGAUCAAGCAAAGGUGAUGGACAGUGGCAGAUACCGAUGUGAAGGAAAAAUGAAUUCUCCUUUGCUUUAUUCUACACAAUCCUCCGAUGAGGUAUUGGUUUCUGUCCACGAGCUCUUUUCAACACCGGAGUUGAGGGUGGCUGGCUCAGCUAAAGCCAUAGAAGAAAGCCCACUGACCCUGCAAUGUGUCACACGGCUCAAUCCCCGGAAAUCAAACUCACAACUUCAGUACUCCUUCUACAAGAGCACCACGAUUGUGAGAGAGCCAACGAGCUCCCCCGAGUACCAGAUCCCAGAGGCAGGGCUGGCAGACUCGGGACUCUACUUUUGUGUGGUGCAGGUGGUGACCUCAAGUGUACGGAAACGGAGCCCCGAACUAGACAUCGAGGUUAAACGAGUCCCCGUCUCCGGAGUCACCCUGGGGGUGCAGCCCCGCAAUGGGCAGGUGGUGGCAGGAGAGGGACUGGUGCUGAACUGCUCCGUGGCUGCGGGCACGGGGCCACUCACCUUCUCUUGGCACCGGGAGGGCUCUGGCCUGGCUCUGAGGACAGAGACUCUGCGCUUACGGAGGACAGACUACAAGAUCCCUGCUGCCAUGGAGAGAGAUGCCGGGGAGUAUUACUGCGCUGCCUCGAAUGGCCACGACCCGGUCCUGAGGCCACAGGCGACAGUCACAGUGUGGGUGCCGGUGGCUGGGGCCAACAUCACCACAGAUAAGCUGGAUCCAGUGCUCAUGGUGGGAGAAAGCCUGAAUCUCAGCUGCUCGGUGCAGGUGGGGACAGACCCAGUGUUCAGGUGGGUUCAUGACACUCAGGAACUGGACGUGGCCUCAGGGCUGGGCCUGCUCUCUCCUGUGGGGAACGUCCUGUAUGUGGAGUCGGUGCAGCUGGGCCAUGCGGGGAAUUACCAGUGCAUCGCCAGCAACCAGCUCAGUCCCCAGAGAGUCUUCCUGGCCCCCAGCGAGAUUCUGGCCAUCACCGUGAGAGCAGACGUGAGUGCCCAGAUGGCUGCGAGUGCAUCUGUCACGGGUGUGAUAGUCGCCCUCCUGUGCCUGGUCGGUGCCAUAUUGGCUGCUGUGCUCUACAUCAGGUACCGGCAGAAAACAGAAGAGACAUUUUUCACUGCUCAGUGGAGGCGCACUCUGAGCCCAGCGCAGCAGGAGCUCCCUGCCCAGAGGCUGCCUCCCCCGGCUGCCGUGGGCUCCCUGGAGCUGGAGCCAGAGUAUGACAAUGUGUGUCCCCAGGAGCAGGAGAGUGGAGACGUGCUCUAUUCAGUUAUCAGCAUCAAGAAAGGAAACAGGGCGAAGCCCACAGGAACUGCUGAGAGGGAUAAUGGACACCUUGUCACCUAUGCUGUGCUCCCCAGCCCCAUGAUCCCCCGGGAUUCAGCCACCAGAGUGAGGGCAUCAGAAGAGAGAGACGAGCCCAUGAGCGACAUCUAUGAGAACGUUCCCCACCCGUAA